UAGUAGUAAUGUAGUAAUAACAGUGUUUCUGUAUUAGUUAUUAUCAGCAUCGGUUAGCAUAUGUAGUUGUGUGAAAGAGUGCGGUUAUUGCGUGCAUUAAAAUAAAUAAGUUUAUAUCAGUGAUUUUGUAUCGUUUUCGCCGUACGCAUUGGGUUUAGGCGAAACUGCCGCCCGCAACAUGUUAGUCCCUCCGGAUAUGAUGGCUGCUCAAACACGUAUGAUCUAUCAGAUGAAUCGUUAUUGCGCUGACCGCGUUCAAACUCGCAUGUUUAAAACUGCAACCGCCAUACGAGAAAUUUGCAAAAUCGUUCAAGAUAUUUUAAAAGAAGUUGAAUUGCAAGAACCACGGUUCAUAUCGAGUUUAGUGGAAUGCAAUGGCAGAUUUGAAGGUGUUGAAGUGAUUUCACCAAAUGAAUUUGAAAUUGUUUUAUAUCUCAAUCAAAUGGGUGUCUUCAACUUCGUAGACGAUGGUACAAUGCCGGGUUGUGCAGUGCUAAAGUUAAGUGAUGGCCGUAAGCGUUCUAUGUCGUUAUGGGUCGAAUUUAUUACGGCUUCUGGAUAUCUAUCUUCCCGUAAAAUACGUGCACGCUUUCAAACGCUUGUUGCUCAAGCAUGCGAUAAAAGCAUUUACAGAGAUAUGGUGAAAAUGAUUGGCGACACAACCGAAGUAAAGUUACGUAUACGUGAAAGAUUUGUAGUGCAAAUAACACCGGCGUUUAAAUGUUCGGGUAUAUGGCCGAGAUCUGCUGCACACUGGCCGCUGCCUCACAUACCGUGGCCGCAUCCGAAUAUAGUGGCCGAGGUUAAAACUGAAGGCUUUGAUUUAUUGUCCAAGGAAAGCGUUAUAUUUCAAAAUAAAAAUAACAACAAUGCGGCUAGUAUGGAAGGGGAUGCAUGGGUGCUAAGUUUUUUUGAGGCAGAAAACCGUUUAUUGCAAGGAGGCUGCCGGAGACGUUGUUUAAGCAUUUUGAAAACUUUACGUGAUCGCCAUUUAGAAUUGCCGGGAAAUCCUAUAACAGCAUACCAUUUGAAAACGUUGCUCCUUUAUGAAUGUGAGAAACAUCCCAGAGACUUUGAAUGGGAUGAGGGUUGCAUAGCCGAUCGUAUAAAUGGUAUCUUUUUACAAUUGAUUUCCUGUCUCCAGUAUCGAAGAUGUCCACAUUACUUCUUACCCACAUUGGACCUUUUUAAAGGUAAAUCUCCCAGCGCCUUGGAACAAGCGGCAAAACAGGUGUGGCGUUUAACCAGAGAAAUGCUAACAAAUGCUAACGCGUUUGAAAAAUUGUAAAGAAAAUAUUACAGAAACUGAAUAAAUAGAGUUAGCAAGACAAAGUAA